AUGUCUAAGCAGGAGAAAUUACUCACAACUCUCCUGCCUAAAGAGAAGUACGUGAUGCAUUAUCGUGCAUUGAAACAGGCUCUCGGGAACGGUCUCAAACUAGUAAAAAUACAUCGGGUGCUCCAAUUCAACCAAUCACAAUGGUUGAAACCCUAUAUAGACUAUAAUACUGCCAUGCGAACAACUGCAAAAAAUGAAUUUGAAAAGAAUUUAUUCAAAUUAAUGAAUAACGCAGUGUAUGGUAAGACCAUGGAAAAUGUUCGCAAGCAUGUAGACAUUAAAUUGGUUACACACUGGUUCGGCAGAUAUGGUGCCGAAGCCCUCAUCUCUCGGCCCAAUUUCCACAGUCGUGCAAUAUUCGAUGAAGACCUUGUGGCCAUCGAAUUACGAAAGACUGAGGUCCUACUCAAUAAACCGAUUUAUGUGGGUUUAAGUGUGUUGGAUGUCUCGAAAACGCUUGUCUAUGACUUUCACUACAGUUACAUGCUUCCGAAAUAUGGUGAAGCAUGUAAACUGUUGUAUACAGACACUGACAGUCUAGUGUACGUAGUGAAAUGUCAAGACAUGUAUAAAGAUAUGAAAGAAGACAUUCACAAGUUCGACACAUCUGACUAUCCGGUAAACAAUGUGUAUGGUAUUCCGCAAGUCAACAAAAAAGUUCUCGGCCUAAUGAAGGACGAGUGCAAUGGUAAAAUUGUUACUGAAUUUGUUGGCUUGCGGAGUAAAAUGUAUAGCAUACGCGUUGAAGGUGAAGAUUUCGUUAAGAAAGCUAAAGGCAUUGAAGCGGGAGUCGUCAAAAAGUCUAUUCAUUUUGACGAUUACGUUGAAUGCUUGCGUGAUUUUAAGAUUCAGACUAGAACUCAAUACAACAUUAGGUCACGGUUACAUAAUAUAGAAACUGUUAAACAAGUUAAAGUAGCAUUAAGUCCAUAUGACGAUAAAAGAUACUUGCUUACCGAGAGUACCGAUACUCUACCCUGGGGUCACUACAGGAUCCCAGAAAUCGAAGAAUUGUAA